AUGUUAAAAAAAAAGCAAGCCCCGCUCGAAACUUUCAAAAAGUUGCUGUCCCGCACUACUGUCAUUAAAGAAAGCUUGUGCAGCUGUGGUUACUGCAGAGUUGCUUACCAUGUUCAGCUAGAGGAAAUCGCUGAAAUGUGCGGGAAGUCUGACAUUGCGACCCCUGCGGGUCUGAACUUCUCAAUUCUCAUAAAGAGAAUAAACCGCGCCCUAGCCUCUCACUUGUUGUUAUUUUAUCUCCUUCAUCGGAUGAAGAUUCUGGCGCUGGCCAAGAUUCUGGCACGUACUGACGAAGAUUCUGGCACUGAGAAAACUUUGUGCGCCGUUUCUAUACAGUUGCAAGGCAGAAAAAUCUGUUUGACCUGCUUCUAUAUUCAGCUAAAAAAAAGUAUGUGCCUCGUCCCCUUUUGCUCCGGCCCCGUAUAAAACAAAUUUUGCAUGGCCCUUUACACGGAAACAAAAUUCAAGUUUUUAGCUGUCCAAUGAUACUCUUUGGUAUCAGUAUAAGGAAAAUAACCAAUACAAAUAUAAAUUACUUUAUGGUUUCCGUGUUUGGAUGGCCUGAUCCAAACACGCGGGAAUGUUGCGAGAGUUAAGAAAAGUGUGCGAAGCACAAACCGAAGGCGAAUGAUUUUGAGAAACUCGAGCUACAUUCCCAAGUGAACUCGAGCAACAUUGCCAAGUGUUUGGAUCAGGCCAUCCAAACACGGAAACCAUCAUAAGUAAUUGUUUUAUAAAAUAACAACUUUCCGUGUUAAAAUUUCACUUUAAAAAACUUUCACUUUAAGUUUCCGCGUUUGGAUGGCCUGAUCCGCGUUAUAUACAUGUUAUUUUAUAAUUGCCGUUCGAAAUCGCAUUUUUCCAAUUAUUGAAAUAAUAGCAUAGUUGCCCGGGUUUCUUUUGUUUCAACAGGGACGUUUAAUCACGUAUCGCCCGCUGUAGCGGGCGAUUAGUUCUAAUCGCCCGUUACCAAGGGUCACACCUUUGUCUCCCUGACGACUACGCAUUAGGCAAGUGCCUCACGCACAUAAUCGUGCAAGGAACAGCAACAGUUAGCUCAGAGCCGUCAAUAGUCUAUCAUCCGAUCCCUGAGUUGCCGCAUCAUUUAAAUUACGUUCGUGCAGUCUCCAAUUUUAUACUAAUAUAUUUAGCGUUUUGUUGUGGUACGUUAAAUGAUAGAUUGCGCAUGCGUAACCGAUUAAAGCGUAAAAAGUGCGCAUGUGCAACAAGCUUUUACAUCCCACAAGCAAUGAAGCAAAUGUUUUAGCUUAAAUACGCUGAUUCCAAGUAGGGCAUGUUUGUCCAUUUUUAAAUGGGAGCGAAACCAUGCUAUUACAAACUAAUAGCAUGGCUUUUCGGGAGAUUAGUGAUUAAAUGACCCCUUACCCUCGGCAGGUUUGCGGAAUUCCCUCGGGCUUCGCCCUCGGGAAUUCCGCAAACCUGCCUCGGGUUACGGGGCCAUUUAAUCACUAAUCUCCCUCAAGCCAUGCUAUUACUUAUAAUAAUCAAAAUUUUUGUAAUUAAAUUGGGCGAAUUAAAAAAAAAAAACAACAACAAAAACCAACUUUAUUUAUACUGGAUAGCUUUAUCAGUUCUAAACUGUUCGUUCUAUAGAUUCAGUAAGGGCCAUCUCUUGUUGAUCCAGUGUUACUACACGAGGAAAACUAAUUAACCUAACUUUAUUUUUACUGGAUAGCUUUGUGUUAGUUGAUAAGUUCGACUCUUAGACUAGUAGAAGUAAAGUUAUUAUAAAUUUUGUUAUCUUCUAUUCUUUAGCUGUUUGAGAUACCAGUGAUCAAAAUCAAAGUGGACAAAACCACGCAGUCUUUAACGAGUUUUGGGCAUUUAAGUGAAAAGGGUUUGAGCCUGUUGGUCCAACAGUGUCUUGGCUUGCCUCUGGAUAAGACGUAUCAGUUGUCAGACUGGGAACAGCGACCGUUGUUAACGAAACAGGUCGAAUAUGCAGGUAUGUGACCAGGACAGGAAUUAUCGUAACUUUCAGGGCGUUUAGAAUUCAAACUCGAAAUUUCCAUCUCCGAAACUCUUCGACUAUAUUUGAACUAUAUGUUUGUUUGCCUUUCACAAGCUCUGGAUGCUCGAUGUCUUAUCGAUGUGUUUGAGGUGUUGAAGAAAUGGAUGAUUGAAGGAAACAUUGUGGUUGAUUUGAACGAAUGCAGCCCAAGACUUCCGUGGUUGUUUCCAAAGCGAAGCAGGUGAAGUACUGUAUACUUUUUAACUUGAUAUGAGAGGUGUUGGUAGCACAUUGGCGAGCUCUAUAUAUAUAUAUCUGGAGUAAGAAUUUCAGUCAUUGGGCCUAUGAAAAAAGUGAAGCCAAGACGGCGACUAUUGACAUCCAAUAGCCAUGAAGGUUGCAAACAGUUUUAAUACCACCUUCCCCAGCUAAUUAGCCAUUCCGAAGUUGAUGAAUGGACUGGGAAUGAGUGUUAAAAAGUGCCCAAAUUAAGAAAUGAACCAAAUCACUAAAAAGACCACCUCAAAAUUAGUAAGUAUACAACGUUUGAAGACGUUUACAUGAAUACCCUUCGAAUAAUAAGCUUUCGAAAAUCGUGAUAUUUACUAUGAAAUGUAUUGUAAUUUUGUUUUUGGGACGCGCGUCCCAAAAAACAAUCUUUUAAUCAGUAAUUUCAGAAUUUUCGAAAGCUUAUUAAUUCGAAGGGUAUUCAUGUAAACGUCUUCAAACUUUGUAUACUUACUAAUUUUGAGGUGGUCUUUUUAGUGAUUUGGUUCAUUUCUUAAUUUGGGCACUUUUUAACACUCGUCCCCAGUCCUCUCAUCAACUUCGGAAUCAAGUUAUCAGUUCAAAAAACCGUACUAUAUUAUUCUUCAAAUCGAAGUCAAAAUAAGAUCUCCAGUAGGAACACUGGACCAACAUUACUGAACCUCGAGGAAACAUCUUUUUUACUUGCAGAAGAAGACAAGGGAAGCCUAUCAAACAGCCAAAGCCUGGAACUUCUACCGUUGAAUUGGUUAGUUUUUCUGCUAUGAUGCUUCUUAAUAUAAUAUUAAACUACUAAACUAUUUAGAUUUUGAACAUUUUAUAUUGCGUCUGGAUUGUGUUUACAUUCGGGGGCCGCGGAACCGGGGGGCAAUGGAGGCAUGUGCCCCCCCCCCCACACACUUUUUUAAAUGUGAAAAAGUGCCCUUUUUUCUGGGCUAAAGUGCCCCAUUUAAAGAAUUAAAAAAAUAUUUCUUGAAUAAACGCCCUCUUUUGCUGAAAAGAAAGUGCCCUUUUUGCAGUAGUAAAGACUCUGUAAUGGCCAUUUCCGACGUCAUAGAGACUGCAUAUUUUCAAACAUUUUCGUUCGGCUCAUGAACGGCAUAAAAUCGUUUGAUUUGGGCCAUAUACAAAAGUGCCCCUUUUGGCCAAUGCGGCCUUCGUAAUAAUUACACUAAGACGAUCUCAUGUUUUUAUGUUCCAAAACUUCUCCCCCAUGUUUCACAGGAGCAACUGAACGUACCAGCUAUGAAAGGCUCGCCCAAUUCUCCUCGUAGUUUUCGUGUGGUCGUGGACAACAUGCUUCAAGGUUUAGGACGAUACUUGCGAUGCUGUGGUGUCGAUGUUGUCAUGCUAGCGAAUGAAGAUGAUCAUGAUAGGGCAGCCAAGGUAGUUGACUGAUAUGUACAGUAAUGCUUUAUCCAUAUUUAUCAAUAAUAUCCACCUGGUCAGAUUCCUGUCGUAUGCAGUGAUUUUUUAAUUUCGCUUUAAUUUUCGAUAUUUAUUUAAUGUGCUAUUGUACUGGAUAUAGGUCUGCCAUAUCCAUAUUAUACCAGAUAUAAGAGCCGCCUUGUGUUACCACAGCAGAUAACCUGACUACGAACAGGUGGGAAAUUUGUCGUCGCUGACCAAAAAAUUGCGGGCAGAAACAAAGCUCAUUGCAUUUACAUUCAAAACAAAGCAGAAAGUUAGCAAGAAGCUGUUUUAGCUGACGAUUUUUUGCUUUCCAUUCAACGAUUUGCAAAUUAUUGGUUAUUCUUUUAAAAGUCGAUCAUGAAUUCUUUGUUUUGGGAUGAUUGUUUUGUAAUCGAGUGAUUGGAAGAAGUUAAUAUGGCGACGUGAACAUGGGAGUAAAUACCGUAUACGUCGAUCUAUGGCUUGUUUAAAACCGUAAUAAACGAAGAAAGACGUGAUUUGAGAAUGAAAUGUAAGUUGAAAUUAACUUUAUAUGCCUCAAAUUUUCCAUCCUAUGUUUCUUAAUGUAACUUCAGCUGUCUAAGUUCAAAAUACAGGCUCGCGAAAUUUGACAAAUUUUGAAAAUAUGUAAAAAUAGCUUGACUUUGAACUGUAUUUUCUCAAAAAUAGCCCGUGGCCUCAAUUUCAAAUAUAGCUAAAUGAAAAGAAAAAAGUUUUCGGCGUUUGUAGGUAUCAAACAGAUCGUCAGGAAAAUAGGGGCUCACAAUGUUUUAGUUCAGUCUUUGAGACCCAGUUGCUUCGCACGUGUUAUGGUCAAAUUUUUGCCAAGAAUCAAAGGCCGAAAUGUGAACUUCCUUCAUGAAAACCGCUUCGAGAAGGGUCUAGUUUGAAAAUUUAGCUAUUAAUUUCGACUUCAUGAGCAUAUUUUGGUUAUACGUUAAGUAUUUUUGUGCUUGAUGCGAUUCAAAAUUUGUUGUAUAUUCAAGCCCGGCUUUUGUGUAAUUUUGGUGAUGACCGGAACAGAAAUAAAGAUAUUUUAAAAACUGGCCGUGGCCUCACGAUAAAACUUUCUACAAAUGUUCUCUGUUUCAUGUACUUUUAUUUGAUAUCUUAGGUAUAAGCGUAAAAAUAGGGGCUCAUACAGUUUAAGAGGUUGUAAAAUGCAUGACUUGCCUCUAUUUUCAUGUAAACAUUCGAAAUUCUUCGACAGCAAAGUAGCAACUGUUUCAGAUCGAAUGCACACGGACAGACCAGAGACAAUGGCAGGGUACUAAAAUAGAACGUCACUAAAAAGUUCUGUAUGAUUAAUUUGUAUCAUGCCCACUCUUUCAACAUAAAACAGUCAUUUAUUUUGUUCAAACAUUUUGCAAUAUUUACACGAUUGUGCUUUUUUGUAAACACGCGUUGCGUGUAUUCCACACAAUUGCGUGACUCAUUUUACUCGCGCAUGCUCAGACAAAUUUCCCACCUGUUCUGACUACGUAAAAACGCACAAGUUGUAACAAACCUGCAGCAGACAUGUGGCAAUGCUGUUACAAGAACUUGUCAACAGGAUGUGUUCGCACUGCUUGUUCCCAGAUUGCUGACAAGUUGUCAACGGCUUGUUGGCAACUUGCUACAAGAUUGUUGAAUUCAACAGACUUGUUACAAGUUGUUCCAACAACUUAUUAUCAUUGUCGUGCAAUUCGACAAUUUGUCAACAAGUUGUGAGUGACAACCUUGUAGCGACUUGAUAAAAUAUCAGCAUUGUUUCAACUUGUUGACAAGCUUGCUACAAGCCUGUUGCGAGCACAUCUUGUUGACAAGUUGUGAGAUUUUUGCUUGUGUUCAUGAGGAACAUCUGCGAUGAUUGGAUCUUCCCAUAUACGCGAUUGAGGUGGAAAUUAUAAUCAGAAACUGCAUAUAUAACAGAACCAUUGUCAAAGAGAUGCAAAGUGCAUGCACUUACUACAGACCACCAAACAUUAUACAUAAAUUAUUAUUUGCAUUUUUCUUUAAGAUUGCGAGAAGAGAAGAUCGUGUCAUACUAACCACGGGGACUCCAUAUUUUACUGUAAGUUUACAGAAUAAAAAUUUGUCUUGAUGUUUAAAUUAAUGAAAUGUGAAUAAAAUGUUUCAAGUGUUUGAAAUAAAGAAGCACCCCGUAGGUAAGGAUUGGAGAAAAUUAUUUUCUUCCUGAGAGAACUAUAUACGUAGAGAUACAAAUUUCCUACAGACUACAUUUUAAAUUUGUGCCUAAACAUAGUGUUCUAGUGUAGUUCACCAUGGUCUUAAAUUUAGGGAAAGAUAUCUGUCUACCAUGAGUUGUUGAGCAAAUUUUCAAGUUGCAAAUCUUUAAUCUAACAAAUUUCCUGCAGCUGCUUGAGAUUUCCAGCGAGCAGUGUCCUAGAUUUCCCUGUGGUUUUGUUUUACCAACUUGUUAUUUUUGUUGUUUUCAGUUACGUUCUCAAGUUCCACUUGGUCAGUGUAUGUGUGUUCCCGCUGGCAAUGCCAAAGAACAAAUCUUGGCUGUUUUCAAACACUUUAAUAUCCAAGUAAACACGAGUGAUGUAUUCAGUCGAUGCCAGGUAAGAUUUUUCAGCGUCGGUGACCAGUGUAAGUAGUAUUCCACACACAUAAAAAUGGACAAGUUGGUACAGGUCUAUAAACAAGUUAUUACUAAUCUGUUCACAAGCUGUCCUCAAGUUGUGUUCGCACUGCUUGUUCCUAGUUGUUAUAACAAGAUUGAUCGCAGUAUCACACUUGUUACAAGGUUGUUCUGAUACUGUCAUGAUACAGUAUAAUGUAACAAGAAUGAAACAAGGUUGACGACACAAGGUUGUAACAAUAUUGUUAUAUCAUGACUGUAACUACUUGGAACUACCUUGCAACAAUUCUGACAAUAUCAACAAGGUUGUUACAAGUUGUUAACAGCUUGUUCCAAACUUGUUGACAACUUGGACAAGCAGUGGGAACACAACUUGUUGACGGCUUGUCGACAGUCUUGCUACUUGAAAUUGAUCUACAUUGAAAUCUACAUAUAUUUGACUUGCACAUGAGAUUUUAGUUUUGGAUUUUGUUGCCAGAAAGAGAAAUAUAUUCUCUAGGCCUGAAUGAUACAUGCAAUAAAAAGCUACAUGCAAUAAUAACGGCUUAUUCAUUAUUGACCGAGCGUGAGGUCUGUACUGUGAAAUAUCAGACCGAAGUCUUUUAGUAUGGACCGAGCGACGAAGGAGCGAGGUCCGUGCAAAAACAGAGGUCUGAUAUUUCACAGUACAGACCGAACAAGCGAUGUCAAUAAUCGGUUUAUUGUAUGGCUGAACUGAGUCUGUGAGCAUAUGCUUUUCGCGCGAAUUAAAUCGGCUAUCGUCAGUUUCACUGGGUAACAAUAUACGGUAGGCAUGCAUGCUCAAUCAAAAACAAUUUGGUUGUUUGAAAUUUUUAUCUGUAAAUUUUAAUGACACACAAUUGGAAAAUUAAAAAGCAAACAUUUUUUCUGUUUGCGAAGCAAAAAUUUCCCGCCAGAUAAACGACAUCCGGGACACCGGUCCAGAUACGGAAAAUACGGACCACGGUCCGGAUAUGGGUUUUUACGGCCCGCUUGUCAACCAAUCAGAAUAGAGAAUUUUGAAAAGCCAUACAAUAAAACAUUGUACCGCCAACAUGUCUUCUAUUUUUCUUUCAGGUUUGCAACGGGAAUGAAUACAUUAAGGUAGGAUCGAUAUUAAUGCGACAAGCGUAUAUUAACUACUAUGACAGCAAACACGAGAAUCGCGGCGUGGAGGGUGGCCAGCACUCCACCAAUCUUUCGAAAAAGACCUCAUCUCUCCUGCCUCCGUUAGACGUAAACACAUUAACACUUCGCAGUGGUGUGCGACUCAAAAUCGAGACACUGCCCGAGGCCAUGUUGGAUAAAAUCGAACUCUUUUACUGUUGUGCAUCGUGCGGGAAGAUUUUUUGGGAGGGUGGGCAUUUUUCUCGUAUAUGCACACAGUUCUCCGAUGUUCUAAACGAUACCGGCACUUUGUACCAAGCUGAAAGGAAAUCUGAGUUGAGGUAACAUUAAGAAGAUUUGGCGUUUUAAGAAGUCUCUUUAUUGUUAACUGAUUAAGGUUACGUUGUGGACUAGUUUCCUUAACUUAAGGUGGUGUUAAGAAGUUUCAUUAAGAAUCUUCAUUCUAUACGGAAUGCAAAUAAUUAUA